AUGGCGCCACGUAAUCCUGACCUUCGAAAGAUGGUGCAACAAGUCGCACAUAGAGAAGUAAAGUACCGAUAUAUCCAACGGAUGAUUGAUAAAGUACCAGAGGACUCAGAAUUUCGUGAGCGAGUUGGUCAGCAAGGUGAUUCGGCCAUCAACGAUGUGCAGUCGCCAGACUCGAGCAUACCACUUUCAGACACUGGAGCAAAUUCCGACGCUGGAUCUCUUGCCUCAAGGCUCUCAUGGAUUAAUGGGCCCUACACCCCCAUUCAUUCAUGGUUUCCAGCUAAGAACAUGAGGACCACAGACAGUGGUAACACGUUGAAGGUUGGGGAACUGGAAGAAAGUUACUCGCAGCUCCUGCCGCCUCCGGCGAAGCAGGAAGCCCCACUUACCGAUUCAGGAUAUGCAUCUAGGAUCAACGUUGAAAAUUUGCCGCGAAUGGAACUGACAGGUGCUGAUACAUCCGGCAAUGAAAAAGAUGAUUCAAACGCAAGAACCGCCUAUUCGGGAGAUAGUACUGUUGCAAUAGACCAAGCGCAGCAGUACAUUUUCGAGUUGUCCAACACUAUACACAGCAAUCUCGGCGGAAACGUUGACGCAGACAACUGGAGGCUACUGUCCGAGCGAGUGUUGGGUCUCAUCAAGGACUUCGCCUUCAAAAUUGGCCUUGAAUCUUCGGCUCAGGUGAACCGAGAUAUCAUGCACUUCAUACACAAACGUAGCCGUGACAUCGCGACGCGACUUGACUCAAUGAUCCUCAGUGUCGACGCUUCAGCAGAGGAUGCUGACGAGAUUGUCGAGGCCAGGAGAGACCACAUGCUCCUAAGUGAUAAGAUGGCCUUGUGGAUCAGCAAGGCCACGGGGACAGAGACCUCUGUCGAUGAUGAUGAGCUUUUCGUGGGGGUUACAGAUGUGGAAGCGACCAUCGACGCUCCGGCAUUAUUCGAGUACAACAAGACCGUUACAGAGAGCGAUUCAUUCAAGUGGCUAAUCGAAAGCCUGCGAAGAGAAUUGUUACUCAAGCGAUAUUUCGAUGAAUCAGAAGGUUGGGAUGCCCAGGCAUCAACGAUUGUGGAUUACAUGAGGCAGACGUGGCCUUCGACAUGGCUAACGAUCUUCAACUUGUUGCAGACAGCGUCUCGCAAUCCCGACGGCAUCGUUUACGCAGAUACCUUGCAUGACAAGACUCGAAUAUCAGUAUCGUCUGAGCACGAUAUCCUCACGAUGAGUCUUGAUGGUCCUGCUCACACCAUUGCAGAGUGUGUUGAGCAGCUUGCCUGGUUACGGGCCUUAUGGGCAAACCAACCUCCUCAACAUGGUAUGAACAAUACCGUCCAGCGAAUACCCUUCAUCAUGAAAAUGGCUACACUACAUGUAGGCGCAUAA